UGCGCACGCAUGAUACACGAAGAAGGCGACACCGCAGGGCGAUACAAGAAGAGAAAGGAAAAGUGAUGAUCGCAAGUGGAAUCGAAUUCUCAUCGCUUUCAUCAACAUUGUCCGCCUCGGUCACUUCCAUUUUCGCGCCCUCCAAGAAAAUGUCAAUCGCUGUCGUCUGCUAUCAUCAUUCGGCGUUCGCGGCAGUUUAAACUACCGGACUUUUAAAUCCACAGAUCGACACAGAAGUGUAUUUCUUAAUUCACCGUCGAUUUGAAGGAAGCAUUAUCUUUAUAUCCAAUGUAUUUCAUCGGCAAGACGUUGUGAUUUUAUUCAAUUUCAAUCUUAACCUGAGGAUAUUCAGUGCUCCCGAGACCGUGAAUAUUAUCUUGAUAUUGGACAGUCAUACUUGAUAAUUGUUACCUCACCGAUUUGUGCUGGUUAUAACUCGCCGCCACUGUUUAGUCUAUUGCGGUUUGGUGGAGGGGGAGCAGCCGAAACUCGUCCGGAGGAGGAGAUUGACUGUCCCAUAUAGCUUACCAGCUGGUUUCAGUAGCUGAAGGACGAUAAAAAAAUGUACUGUUACCAGUGCUCCACCAUACACCACGCCGGCAGUCCGGCCGCUGCGGCCCAUCUAUCAAACGGCGGUGUUUGUCCACAUGCAUGCGACGAUUCUCCAUAUUCGGAACUUUCAUACGGAGGUGACUUGGAUGAGACGUUUGCGAGAAGGAAGCAGCGAAGAAACAGGACAACAUUUACUGUUCAACAGUUAGAGGAACUGGAAUCUGCCUUUGCCAAGACUCACUAUCCAGACGUGUUCACACGAGAAGACCUUGCACUAAGGAUCAACCUCACUGAGGCCCGUGUACAGGUAUGGUUUCAGAACAGACGAGCUAAAUGGCGAAAAGCAGAGAGAACUAAACAAGAAAGGGGACCAUCGUCAACGUCAAGCCCAGAAAACGAAGACAGAUUAUCGUCGAGUGAGGGCGCUGUUGGACAAUCAAGAGAGGAGCUAAACAUGAGCCCUGGGGAACCCUCUGAAGAAAGACGAAGAGAUAAAAUGACAGUUGAUGGAGAGAAGUCGGAUUCACAAAACGACGAUGGAUCCCCGUUGCACAGCUUGGAUAGAGCGCCAUCUAGCGGUCGUUUGAUGCCUCCUACUUUUGCAAACCCAUCCGCGAGCACAAUGUUGAACCCGUUUUAUCAUCCGGGAGGUGCUGCUCGCUUGCUACUUGCUUCACAACCAUACGAAAGUCUGAGAGGACACGGCUCUUCGGCACGGUUCCCGUCUCUUAUCUCGCCCUCAUACGCCUCGCAGCUCAUGUCAUUCGCCUCAGCCAGAAAAGAGCCGGUGCCCACAUCAGGAGGAAGCUACGGAGGAUUCAACGUUCCCUCUCUCAGAGGCCCCCUCGAUUCAUCAUCAGCCAUCUUGAGAGAGCACGAAAAACGCACACUCAGUCUAGCUGCUCUGCGCAUGCGCGCCAAAGAGUACUCCAACGCCAUGGCGGAAGCUGCUGGUCUGAUGACGUCAUACAAGAUGGCGCCGCCCCAUCCUGCCAUUCUCUUGGGCGCCAACGCGGCCCCGAGACCGACUUCGUCGCAUGUUCCGUGUUCGUUCGGAUGUUAACGUGUCAUUGAAACCUCAUGUUCAUCACCAUAAGGGGCUUUUGGCACCAGUGUGUGAGUGUGAGUACCAGUCAAUCACGCCGGUGAUCACUGUUUGGUCUACAACUCAUACUAGGAACAGAACAGAAUGACAACGAUGUCGACUCAUUACAGAAGCAGAAGCUUUAGACUUUCAACGACUACACUGAAUAUAAAGAUGUAGUCCAACAACUCGGUGAUUCACCGUACUCCGCCAAAGACAUGGUUAUUUCCUUAUUCAAACCCUGCUCGACCUCUAAGAAUCGCGUAGCAAUCACAAGGCGGUUUGAUGUAAAAAGGAGAUAUCACAUUAACGGGAUUAAGAAGUGACAUGGCGGUACUUUAGUCGGUUUGGGGGAUAAAGAAUGGAUGUGGGUAGUGGUAUACUACCGCGUCUUUUCGCGGUAGCGUCGGUAAACCCUCGUCGAUCCCAGUUUCAUGGCGUUUUGGAAUUCGCCAUAAACCCUGAAGCUUAAUCAGCUUUGUUCCUCAUUCCAAAUUGAUUGCAUAGGAAGGCUAUGCCCAUCUAUCUGACAUGAUAGGCCAAAAUAUUCAUUAGACGAAUCGAGAGAAAAGGUGGACAAAUUGCCGAUUAGACUUUCUGGUUACUUUGGUUACUAAUCGAUUUGAUCUCAUCGCCAUUUGAUUUUAUCAUUCAUAACCCUGUCUUAUCCCUACUUAUUUCUUUAAAUAUUGAUCAAUUAUUGGUCUACCCUGUUUUCCCAUUUUUUUUUAAUUGAUGAUCUGGGCCAUUAUUUAAGGAAGCUUAACGGCGUGACGAGAUGACGAGAAUGCAAGAGAAGUUAUUUUGUCAAAUCGGCCUGAAUCAGUUGUAUACAAACUUGGCGUGAUCGGGGAUACUUAGCUUAAUUGCCAAGUGGAAUUACUAACCAUUAAUAGUUUUGCCAUGUUGACAUACGUUUUGAAAACUCGACUAAGCAAGAUGAAAUAUCUCGUCAGGUCAAUGGCAUAUGAAAAGCUUUCGUAAUCAUUAGUUCAUCUAUCGAGAUUUGACGGAGGUAUUCUUAUGUCUGGUUAAACUAAUCAGGUAAUUUAAUAAUGGUUUAAUUGGAACUUGCCAUAAACAGUAUCGUUGUCUUUAGACGAACUGGGUUUGGACAUAAUAUGGUGAAACCAAAUGUCGAAUCAAUUUAUUCAUAUCUAUACACAAUCAUAGACCUAUAAAAUAUGCAUUUUUACACUUUUACUUAAAUCUGGAGCAGAUGGCAUAUAAAAGUCUCCAUUUUUAUAUCUAUAACUCAUUAAUGAAUCAAUUUCAAUUUAAAAAACCGAGAUACACAGUAAAAAAAACCCAGCAAAUUAUUUAAGUCUGUCACUCUAUAACAUCAAGUUUUUGUUUUUUUGAAAUAUUGACUAAACCUUUAGACAACUUGUUUAAAACUUGUCUAGUUGUUAGAGUGAUGGACUCAAACAACAUGGUUACAUUUUUUAACCAUUUUUACUUUGUAGAGGCUUGUGAAUGUCAGGCGCAGGCCGAAAAAUAAUAUUGCUCUUCCCGUUGACUAAAAGUUACUCCAAUUCGGUAAACGAUAGCUUCUUUUCUUUUAUUAAUGAAUCUUUUUCAGGUAGUUUUAAAGAAAUCUCAGUCCUCUUAUUUGUAUAAUCAUGGAUCCGCCUCCGAUACUUGUGAUUAUUUAUUAAAAGUAUAAGAAAAACUGGGGUAAUAUUCAACUGACGAUUGACCUUAUAUUAAAUUGAUUUUCACCCCUUUCACUAAAUCGCUGAUCCGAACCGGCCCCCCUCCCCCGGCUAAGUCGUAA